CUUUGCAAAUGAUCUGGUGAAAUUCCACUUCACAUUUUAAAUUGUUUUCAAAACUUGCUUUUUGCUGUUUUGUUUUUUCUCUUUUUUAUUUGUUCUCACCUUUUUUUGACCUAACUUCUUGUGUCUUCAUCAUUUUCAGUAACAGUUUCUUGUUUACGUCAUGGAUGACUUUGUUUGCACGAUAUUAAAUGACUGGGGUCUAAGCGAGUGGAUAGAAACAUUCAGAGAACAAGGCGUUGACAAGAAAUAUCUGUACUGUCUUGAGGAUCAAGACGUGGGAGAAUUGAUUUCCAAAGUGGGACCAAGAGCACAUUUCAGAAAGAAACUGAGGCUGUUAAAGGAAGAACAAAACAGAAAUGAGGACACAUUGCCUUUAUCUUUACCAAUUGAACAGGAGCAGAAAAACACAACUGUUCAGGCUGAGGUACAGCCAUCCACAAGUGAUGGAGGAAAGAGAAAGCUGGAUCUGGAGAAGUUUAACAAAAGAGAACCAACACCAAAACGGUUUCGCAGGAGUAUGUCAGCAUCUUUGCCAGAACUAAGAAAACUGUCUGAGGUGAAAAAUGUAAUGAGACAUGUUCUGGAUAAACUACACUGUCAAGAAAACACAAAGCUGAAUUCUUUCCUAAGGGAUAAAAUUAGGGAUCUGAAGACAGACAGAAGAGAACUGGUUGGUGUUUUUGGUAAAACUGGAGCUGGAAAGACCAGUUUGAUAAACGCUCUCAUUGAUGAGAGGAACCUUUUGCCGUCUGGAGAUGUUGAUGCAUGUACUUCAGUCAUGAUUAAAGUGGAGGCAAACAUGUGCAAUACAAAGUAUGAGGCACAUAUUGAAUUUAUCACAAAAGAGGAAUGGAAAGAUGAGUUGUGGUCAGUGAGUCAAUUUCAAGAGAAUACUGCAGAUCAGAAAAAAGAGGAUGAGGAUGAUGAUUAUCAGGAUGUGGCUGAAAAGCUGUCUGCACUCUAUGGAGAGGAAUGGAAACAAAAAUCUUCUGAACAACUAAUGGACCCCAAAUAUUUCAGAGAAAUACCAGAAUUUCUUCAAUCCACAGGAAAGAUACUGUCAUGUGAAACAGCUAACGAGCUAUCUGCUAAAAUGAUUAAAUACACAAGAACUGAAUCAAAUCAUGGAGGACAAAAAGGCAUAAACAGGUGGUAUUGGCCUCUUGUGAAGUGUGUGACUGUCAAAGUGCCUCAUGAUUUUCCCCAGCACAUCACUCUUGUGGACCUUCCUGGAAAUGGAGACCGUAACAAGAGCAGAGAUACAAUGUGGAAAGGGAUUGUUGGAAAUUGUUCUACUGUGUGGAUCGUCACUGAAAUCAACCGAGCAGCAUCAGAGAAAGAGUCCUGGGAAAUCUUGAAGAGUGUCAGUAGUCUCCUAGGAAACGGUGGGGAGUGCAGAGACAUUCACUUUAUCUGCACAAAAUCUGAUGUUAUUGAGGACUCUACUGAUCACUCAGCUGACCUUCAGGCUGAAAUCAUUAGAAGAAACAUUAAAGUAAAGGAAGCAGUGCGCAAAGAAUUCAACAAGCUACACAAGAUUAAGAAACACUUCAGUGAUGACUCUUUCAAAGUGUACACAGUGAGCUCCAAAGAGUUUCUGAAACCAAAGGUUCUCAGUCCAGAGAAUACUGAAAUCCCCAAGCUUCAAGAUGUUUUGCAAAAUCUCAAUGACAGUCACUCAGAGACGCUAAACUAUGUUUCUGGAGCUCAUGGGAUUCUCUCUUUGAUUCAUGGAGCCAGCUUGAAAAAACAGCCUGGAAUACACACAGAAGUAUGUGAAAAGCUUGAGAUAAACAUUGCCGUCCAACUUGAACCAGUCCAAAAAGCAAUAGAAAGAGCUUGCCUGGUUUUUGAGGAAUGCCUGUGUGAAGGAGUUGAACGAUCAAAAAGCUCAUGUGAAGAAAAGCUGAAUAACUUUCUACGUCCUCGGGGAAAGAGUGGUAGUGGUUAUCACAGAACAUUAAAGAGCGUUUUCAAAAAUGGUGGAGUUCACAAACCCAAAAAGGGAAAACAAAUCAACCUCAACAUGAAGCUCACUUCAUUCCUGACUGACAGCAUUGAUGAGGAAUUCAGGAAAACCUUCCCAAAUGAACGAAAAUGUGGACCAUUUAAUGGUGUCAUUGAUAAGUUUUCACUUGACACUGAAAGUCUGAAGCAAAAGUACAAAGAUGUGAAACUGCAGCUGAUCUUUCUCAGUACAGAGGAGGAAAAACUUAAGAAAAAGCUGAACAAAAUGAUUAGAGACCAAAAGAAAAUAAUGUACAACAGCCUGAUAGAGACAAUUGAGGAGACCAUGCAAGAGUGCUACAAGACUGCAGCAGGAUACUCAGGUCCUGGUAUGCUGGAGAAAAUGAGAGAAACAGUAUCAAGACAUGUUCGUGAAUCAAAGGACACCAUGUUUGCAGAGGCUAAAAACGUCAUGAUGAUCCACCUCCUGAGCUUAACGGUGGAAAUUUUGACAACAAUGAACGACACAUUGAACAACUCCAUGAACCUCUCCCUCAGGACAGACAGUCAAUCGAUUCCAGAUGUUUCAACAGAGCUCGCAAUGGUAAAGAAAAUCUACAAUAAGCUUAAGAACAACUCAAAUUAGGAAAGCCCAUGAAAAGGCUCCUCCGAAGCCAUGACAAGGAUCGUCAUAAGGGAAGCUUCCUCUCUGUCUUUAUGUCAUCGCAACAAUGCUUCUCAUUCUGCUCAUUUUGGGAGCGUUUGACUGAGAAAUAGUCUCCAUUAGCAGAUCCUUUGCAGUUCUUGCUUGUUUUUUGUAACCAUUUCUGGGGUGGAACAACAAGGUUUACCUCUAUUUUUAGCCAAAUAUUGUAAAUUAACCUAAUCAGAAAUGUACAGAUUCCUGACAUCAUCAACUGAAACAACUUUGCUCCAAGAUUAUUCAUUUAAAACAAAUGUAUCACUGUUGCAACUUUCUGCAUGUUUGUUAAUCAUUUCCUGUGAAAUAAUUCUUAUAUAGAAAUUAUUAUAGUAAUUAAUGAUUUAAAAAAAAACAUAAUUAAAAAAGUAAACAAAAAAGUAUUUUUUUUUUUUUUACUUUGAAACACUUGAGACUUUUUUGUAGCGAAUGACUUCUGUUUGCUAAACUGGAGAAAGAAACAUGUCACAAGUGAAGCUUUAGAUAAGACGGAACCUUAUUACUGUAUAAUAAAGAUAAAGAGUUUUAAGAGUUUCACAAACAAUUAUCAAAGUUUUCUUUAAUCAAUGUAGAAUUAUUUAUUCAAGGUUUAGCUUGUCCAAUUCAGGCUUUAUGCAUGUUUUACACAAAGCUAGUUUUAGGAUGUCUGAAAACCAAUAAACUUGCACCAUUUUUGUGUUUAACAAAUAAAAAUUUUAAUUAGUUUCAAACUGUGUUAAAAAUAGACGGUUUUGGCUGUACAUGUUUAUAUUUUUAGCUAUUUGUUGCUGUUGGUAAAAGUUGGAAUAAAUAAUAUGAAUUGAA